UUUCCGGAUAUGAGGAACGCACGAAUCGAACAAUGAUUUUUCGUUAACGAAAAUUUGCUAUAUGAUAUAGAGGAAAAGAGGGGGUUGUGGAAUAUCAUUUUGUUUUUCGACAAUAUAUAACUCAGUAAACGCGACACAAUUCUAACCAAUACCAGCCAUAGAGUUUCUACCAAUCACCCUAUAGAUAGAAGUUUAUCAGGUAUAUAGAAUGAACGUAAUUUACAAAACUGAAGAAAGAAACAAAAGAUGAGUUUGUGUAAUAAUAGGGAAAUCGAGCAAUACUAACAAUCAAUAUAAUAAAUGGUACUUUUAUUCAUAAAAAAGCAUAAAUUAGUAAUUCGUAAAUUUCACACACAAAUAUGUGUUACAAAAUAAAGUUUGACAAAAAUUUCAUAAAACAUAUUUUAUUUAAAAAUUUUUCUUUUGCGACGGCUGUACAAUUCAUUACAUGUCAGUUGUUUUACGAUAUAAAUGUUUCCGUUUACAAUGUUCUGAAACAUAUUUAUGUGAUUCCGUAUGCAUUGAUCUCCCUAAAUUCUGCGCUAUAAAUCACUCCUACAUGACUAGUCAUUUAGUCACGUAGAAGUAAUGCCUGUGAAAAAACAUCAUGUUGCAGUGAAACGCAAUCUGAAUUGUAUCUCUAUGGAUUAAAAAGAAUUCACUGAUUUAUUAUCAAUUGCUUCAUCGCUAUCCAUUAAUCCUCGUCGGCAUUUCAGGAGGGAUUAAAUCAUACCUUCUUAUAAUAUAAAAUGGAAAAUAAGCACUUUGUGUUCGGUAAACCGUGAGUGACUCGUUCGCACACUGAACCAACGAUGACCUGACAUUCUAAUUUUGUUAUUAUUAAGCUGAUGAUGACUCCAAAGAAGAGUCGCAACGUUUGAACUUGUAAUGAAUAAACAAAAAAUUUUUAGUAUAUUUGUUUGAAAAAUUAAUAUACAAUAUACUUCUUAAAAUUACAUAGAUAGUAUAUACCUGUAAAAAUUUCUACUAUCGCAAAAGUGAAAUGUAACUUUUACAAGAAUACAACGAAUGACCAGUAACCAUUCUACAAUGUCUAAAUAGACUGUAACAAAGUAAUUUUAACGGUUGUUCUUAGAAUUCAACGUGAAUUAUACGAGAUAUCAUGAUGUUCUAUCACCCUAUAUACGUAGAUAUAUUCCAUGAUCACUGACCUUCCUCUAUAUAGAGCCAUGUCGUCCAACGUCGCGUUAGUAUCUGUAAUGUUUUCGAUAGAUUACCGUACCUAGCGUCCUGUCGAUGUAUGGCAUAGUGCGGGGAUAUUUAGCCAUCAGCAGUUCGUUUUACUUCGAUUUAUGGAGCGAGGUCACUCUGCCGCCUCUAUUGUUCGUCGCUUUUUGGAAUUUAGCAGAUCCGUGGACCAAGGCCAUCACAGAGUUGGCGUCGAUACCUCGACUGGUUGGCCUCAUCGGCGUGGCUCUUCUCACUAUUGGCGUAAUAGCUUCUGGAUACCUGGCGACCGGCGGUGUAGGCGCAUAUCUAGCUGGUUUAAGCGCCGGUGCGGUAAUGGGCAUAGGAGCGAGUUUCGUAAUCGUCGAAAGCGAAACCGUAUUGCGGAGACAUUUCAAGGUGCGACUGCCAUUGGCGCUGAUGCUGAAAAAUAUCGCUACGUCCGUCGGCUUUACCCUUGUGCCAGCGCUCACGCACUUUCUCCUCGCGGACACCGGCCUGAAGGAUGGGCUUCUGCUGAUGACGAUCGCCUUUGUUCCUACCGCGUUGGGCACUCUGGCCCUACGAUUCCCAACUCCGCAGCGAGCAUCCCCUUACAGAUUGCUAUUAUCCGACGAGGAUAAUGAAUUGGGCAUUCGAAUGUCGCCUGACAGAGAGUCGGAAUCGGAACGACGGGAUAACGGGACGGAUAAUCCCAGCUAUGACACUAGCGAGAAGCAGGACAGAAACGCCAUACCUCUAUUUAGCGAAGUCAACAGCAUCUACGCAUAUCAGGAGCCGGACGAGGACGUCGAACUUUUCGUCAAUCCGACCUUGCGAUCGGGCAGCAAGUGGAAGCAGGAGUUUCACGUAGUGCGCUAUUUCAGGUUCUGGGCAGCCGUGGUGACAUGGAUUGGGAUGAGGGCCGGCUCGCUCUUCUUCUGGAUCCUGGUGCCCGCUUUAUUCUUGCAGCGAACGGAACCGGAUUAUCAUACAGACGACUGGGUGACGUUGUUGGUCGUCGCUGGCAUUGGUUCUUUCGUACCCAGCAUUGCUAGCUACUGGUCCACCGUCACCAGCGCUCAAUAUAGAAGAAUAUACUUUGGUGGUGCCUGUUGGCUCGGCAGCAUUAUUCUGUUCAACCUAACUUAUACAUAUGACUACUAUUGGUUUCUAACGUGGUCGCUACUUGGAGGAAUUGAUAUAAGCGGUCUGUUCGCCUGCCAAGACCUAACACUCUGCGAUGUACUGGGGAAUCAGUUCGCACAUCGCUCGCAUAGAUUGUUUUCCACUAUUGUCGGAUUGGGUGUCCUGGCCUUCUGCUUCGUGCACAGUACGUGUCUCUCGUAAUAUCGAUCUUUAUUUGUUUUCUCUUUUCCUUCUUACAUUUUACAGAGUUUUAUAAAUUUCGCUUCUUUGGUACACGCAAUACGCCUAAUAUGACAAUAACAAGGUAAACCUUACGACCAAAGACAUUUAUCAAAUUUAUGAUUUGACGAUUGCAGGUGAAAACGUGUGUCUUCGAGUGGUCGCGUUGCUGCAAUUCCUCGGCGGAUGCUACUGGAUCAUACCGCCCGUUUGGGAAAUUGUUCGAGCGCGAAGACUUAGAGAGAAUUAACAAAAGUCAUUACAAAAAUCCAUAAAUUCUGCGGUCCAUCGCGGAAAUACAUUAUAUAUUUACAGAGCGUUAACAUUGUGGAGCAAUGUGAAAACUGUUACGCUGAAGAAACAAGUGUUCAAUUAUAAGAUGUUAAAACAUUCCAUUUCUGUCUCCGUUUUUAAAAUAAAAAUUUUAGUUUUAAAAAAUGGUGUUUCAGAUUUAAAACAUUAAAGUUAAAGAUUUCACUUGACGUAAACGUUUCAGUGUUUUGUAAAUAUAAACGUAUUUCCAAGUAUUUAAAAAACGGAGACGGAAAUAAAACAAUUUAAUGAAACGUGUCUUUUUAAGAUGUAAUGAUUUCUAAAACGCCUCUAAACAAUAGAAAACAUACUCUUACGAAGUAAUCGUAAGAAUAGAUAUGUGUGCUCCGUGUAAUACGUGAUUAGUGUUCCUUCACGUUGAUCCGUGAAUUACAUGACUGACUUUAGACUGUCAAGCAUGCAAGGCAAUAUAUGUCGAAUUUUACAUUUUUACAUUUAUAUUACUUCACAAGUUGAAUGGAGGAGCAGUAGAACGAGUGUUUCUAUAUUAUACGAUAUACUUUACGUGUAUGACCACAAUAAAGUGUAGUGAAACCUUUAUUAAAAUAUCUUUCUUAAUCGUCGACAAUAUUAACAAUGCACAUCACGGUAUUAUCACACUGAUCACUGUCUUACCUUACUGAUAAAUUUAUUCUAUUAUUUGUAUUUAUCCUGCAAAUCUUUUUGUAGGCUUAGAAUACAUACGAUCGUACUUCUCAAUCUAAAUAUCAGUUGUACGUUAUCGGCACACUAAUAUGCAUUUCACUUGGAUACACCAAAA